AUGGGCACAGCAGGUGUGCAGACCUGGGACCUCAGCACAGGGAUGGUGGGAACCCCUCAUAAUGGGCACAGCAGGUGUGCAGACCUGGAACCUCAGCACAGGGAUGGUGGGAACCCCUCAUAAUGGGCACAGCAGGUGUGCAGACCUGGGACCUCAGCACAGGGAUGGUGGGAACCCCUCAUAAUGGGCACAGCAGGUGUGCAGACCUGGGACCUCAGCACAGGGAUGGUGGGAACCCCUCAUAAUGGGCGCAGCAGGUGUGCAGACCUGGAACCUCAGCACAGGGAUGGUGGGAACCCCUCCUAA